AUGUUCAUGUUUAGAGCGCCAGCUACACUUGUCUUAGCUGUGAUCAAUGCAGCUGCUCUGGAGAGCGCUGGCCGACGUGGGCGCGUGUUAGCUGCUGUCGAUGCCGAGGCACAGAUCCAGCUGAAGGGAUCUGGCGGUGGCCUGCGCCUGGCCGGCGCCGCGGCGCUGCGGGAGCUGCGGGCGCCGCGGGCGCAGAAGGCCGCGGGCUGCCCGGGGGGCGUCGCCCGGGGCCUGGUGCACCGCCUGCGGGGCAGCAGGACCAACGCCAGCGUAGAUGAGACGCCCUUGAGCUACAUGCGCGCAGAUCACGAGGUGCAUCAGGUGGGUCUGGCCGUCUUUGACUUGUGGAGCUCUGACUCCUCGCAGAUGUUGGAUGAGGACGCCGGCGCGGUGCUGCAGCCCUUCCUGCAGGACGUGGAGACCUGGCGGGCGGCUUGCGGUGGCCGGCCUGGCACCGGGCGGGUGCUGCUGGUGCUGCCAGGUGGGGCAGAAGCCUCCGACGCCUCCCUCUGGCAGCAGAUGUCGGCGGAGUUCGCGGCCCACGUGGCCAGGAAAGUGCUGCGCAUGCGGCCGCAGGAUGUGCAGGUCUGGCAGCCUAGAGAUGACAACCCUCUGGCCGGCCUGCUCUCCGAUGCUAAGCAGGCGCGUUGCUUCGACCGGGUGGCCGUGCUCAGCGGCGAUGCUUGGGCCUUUGCCUGGAACCAACGCUUCAAGUGCAACCCCCAGGAUGGUCGGCUGGUGCUCAAGUUUGCGCCUCGCCCCAGCUCUGAGAGACGCGGAUCAGACUCCGCUCCCUUAUGGCGCCGGAAAAUGAAGUCUCUGCUGCUGCUGCUGGUGUUGGCCGCGGGCAGCCCAGAUGAGCUGGCCAAGUCCCUAAAGGAUCUCUUCGAUGACGAUCUGCAGGACUCGCCCAAGCCGAAGGCGGAGGAGCCGCAGGAGCCUCCGCGCGUGAAGCUGGUGGACCCCUUUGCGGAUGACCUGCCGAAGGCGGAUCCCUUUGCGGAGCUGGAGAGGUCUGAGGCACAUGUCGAUCCCUUUGCCUCCGGACAGGCCCCAAAAGCGGAGCCGACGUAUCCGGCACGGGAAAUUCCAGCGCUCGGUUCGGUUGCGAAGAAAGUGGAUCCCUUUGCUGAAUUGGAGAAGCCGGAGCCAAAGCAAUUCAGCUCGGAGCAGAAUGCGAAGAAUGCAGAUCCCUUCGCUGAAUUGGAGAAGUCGGAGCCAAAGCAAUUCAGCUCGGAGCACCAAAGCAAUUCAGCUCGGAGCAGCAUGCCAAGAAAGCAGAUCCGUUUGCUGAAUUGGAGAAGCCAGAGCCAAAGCAAUUCAGCUCGGAGCAGCAUGCCAAGAAAGCAGAUCCGUUUGCUGAAUUGGAGAAGCCGGAGUUAA